AUGAUUCAAGCAAUAUUCUAUGCCAGGUUCUUUCCAAAAGAGGGAACCAAAAUCGUCGCACAAAGUCCACCGGGCUCAAUCGUGCCAGUUCCACUUCCAGAGGGCACCAAUGGUCCCCUCAACAGGAAACCAUGUCUCUUCGACUUCAGCGUGCUCCAGGAGUACAUCAUCCCGCGCAAGGCCUUCUGCAACCGCUUCAUCACCGUCAAUGACCCGGACGGCAAGUACGUCAUCCUGGGAUACCCCGUCUCCAUUCCUGACCCGCGGUACGACCGGAACGAGUUCAUUUUCAACUUUGGGCUCGUCAUCAGUUGCGAUGUGGUGGACCAGAUCCCCUAUGAACGCGUCGUAAGGAGGCUGGCGGCCACCUUUGCCGAGAUGGAGAAGCAGGACGGCUACCUGAGCCAGGACGCGGCCACGAGGGGCGGAGCGGUCGCGGUUCAUGGAUAUGGCAAUGGCGGCGGCCGUUGGGUGGACGGGGACGGGAAUGAGAUGGUGAACGACGCUAACACAAUCAACAUGAAACUCUUUCCUCACCACGUCAACCCCCCUGAAGUCAAAGGCUGGCACGUCCCCGUCGCCAAGAUGAAGUUCGCCGACGUCGUCGACCCAACCUGGGAUCUAACCCUGCAGCGCGUCGUCGCCCAUAUCGAUGGCGUUUCCGACGUGCGCCGCAUUGCUCUGGCCUCCGGCGUCUCCCUCGAGCUGACCCAGCUCGCCCUCCGCCACCUGCUCUACUACGACACCAUCCUGCUCCUGGACAUGUUCUUGUUCGGCGCGUGCUACGCCCCUCGCCCGGGGAUCCACGACUUCAUCGCCAACGUAGGCGGCAUGGUCGACGAAUGUGCUAACUACGUCUGCGUCGGACCCAUCGAUUCGUCUCCCAGCAGCAACAACACCGGCACCGGCGCCGGACCUUCUUCUUCUUCCUCCUCCGACAACUACCACCGUCUCCGUUCUGUAUCAGGAAGCACCACUUUCCACAACCAUAAUCCCUCCAACCUCUCCACCUCUGCCAGCACACGCCACAGCCACCUCUCCCCCUUUGGCCUUGGCCCAGGAGGUGGUUCCGACCGUGAUCCCAGUCCUUACGCCCAACACCACCUCUCCCCCGUCCACGAACGAAAGCCCUCCACCUCCCCCCGCAACCCCUCCUCCAACAUCCACACCUCCUCCUCCCCACCGUCUAACAAGGCCCCACCACCCAACGGAUACCGCAUAUCCAACUACAUGCUAAUCCGCCUAAUGACCACCUUCUGCGUCGGCAAAACCGUGGCCGAAUGGCUCAAGGGCCAUAUGGAUUCCGGUUUCGACGUCCUACGAUACGUGGACGUUCGCCGCUUAGUUCAAUUUGGCGUCAUCAAGGGGUGUUUGUACAGGGUGCACAAGUAUGUUAUCUCAAAACAGUAUUUGGCUGCGCUAGCUACGGGGUUGGCUAGGCCUGUUUCGCCAUCCGAUACCGGAACUGGCACAGGAAGAGGGAAAAGUGGGAGGGGGUAUGGCGAAGGGGAAAUGGGGAGAGAACAUAAAGUGGCGGUGCCGGGCGGACAUUAUGAUACCUACCGUGAACCCGGGAGUCAUGGGGGUCCGGGAGGAAAGGGGUCGAACAGCAAGAAGAUGGCGAUGAUGAUGAAGGCUAGUGGGGAUCCGUUGCAAAAGUAUAUGGAUGGACGACAUUGUUUUGAUCAGAUCAUGACGGAGAGGAACAUGACGGACGCGGAGAUUGUGGAUAAAUUGAGGAACUUUCCGGUGGCGGCUGGGGAUUUGACGGUGCUUUACCGGUAG